CGGUCUCUGCAGUGCCAGCAGAAAAUGAAAAGGAGUCCGACCUAAUAUCUCUUUGAUUGCCUUUUUCAUACAAUAUUCUGCAUUUACGGGUUUUUAAUGAAUGCCACGGUCGUGCAGAAACAGUGUGGAUGCACCCGGUGGCAUGACAGGACUCCCGUGCGCGCGGUUUGAUGAAGUAGUGCGCCGACUGUGUUGGACACACAGUGCCGGCCGAGAGUAGACUGUGGGUGAAGGCUCAGCGGUCCUGCCCCCUUCAAUGACCAACCUGCAGCGCUAGCGAUAAAAGCUUCGCUGCCGACACUGCAACCAUGGAAGGCUACCACAAGUACCCUUAAGUAGUUUUACUGUCUCAGCCCGUAGUUAACGGUUUCAACAUGCCCGACCGGCGGUGCUCCAUGCGGCUCUCAGUGGCCUGAUAUUAACGAUACAGGCCUGCUUUUUCCAUCUGGAAAUUUCUUGGCAGGGGAAAGCAGGCCGGCUAGCAUCGCUAACGUUUGCCUUCUCCGCGCUGCAGCUCUGGGCUUCGACGGUGCAGAAUUUUCCAUGACCACACCAUUGACAUUGUUGUCUAUCAAUUCGAAGACUUUUUAACUCCAAAACAUUUUUUAUGGGAUUCAUAUCGGCGAACGGGAAGCGGGCCUAAGCCAAAAUGGUGAACUGGAGGCGGCUGCUGCGAAUGUCCAACCGAUCAUUUCUGGCCUUCAUAUUCUUCUUCUCCAUGUCCACCACUUGUCUCUACUUUAUUUAUGUGGCGCCGGGAAUAGCCAACACAUAUUUCUUCAUGGUGCAGGCCCAGGGCAUCAUGUUGAGGGACAAUGUGAGGACCAUUGGCCAGAUGAUUCGAUUGUACACUAACAAGAACAGUACACUCAACGGGACAGACUAUCCUGAUGGCAGCAACUCCAGUGAAUACCUGGUGCAGCCGACCACGUACCUCCCAGAGAACUUCACCUACGCCCAGAACCUGCCAUGUCCAGAGCGAUUACCUUCUAUGAAGGGCCUUAUUGAAGUAAACAUGACAGAGAUCCCCAUGGAGGAGAUAGAACUGAGGUCCUCCAAGUAUUUUGACAUUGAGUUUGGAGGCCACUGGAAACCAAAAGACUGCAGACCUCGCUGGAAGGUGGCCAUCCUGAUUCCGUUUAGAAACCGUCAUGAGCAUCUCCCCAUCCUCUUCCAACAUCUUAUCCCCAUGCUGCAGAGACAGCGGCUGCAGUUUGCCUUCUACGUCAUCGAACAGAGUGGCAGCCAGCCCUUCAACAGAGCCAUGCUGUUUAACGUGGGAUUCCUGGAGGCCAUGAAGGACUUGGACUGGGACUGCUUGAUCUUCCAUGACGUCGACCACAUCCCCGAGAAUGACCGAAACUACUACGGCUGCGGUCAGAUGCCACGCCACUUUGCUGCCAAGCUGGACAAAUACAUGUACAUUCUUCCAUAUAGCGAGUUCUUUGGUGGUGUCAGUGGACUCACUGUGGAGCAGUUUCGGAAGAUUAAUGGCUUUCCCAAUGCAUUCUGGGGCUGGGGAGGAGAGGAUGACGACUUGUGGAACAGGGUUCACUAUGCUGGACUGAAUGUGACACGACCAGAGGGAGACAUCGGCAAGUACAAGUCCAUUCAUCACCACCACAGAGGAGAGGUGCAGUUUCUCGGGAGGUAUAAACUGCUUAGGUAUUCCAAAGAGCGGCAACACCUGGACGGCCUCAACAACCUCCACUACAGCCCCCACUUCUCCCUCAGCAGCCUCUACAAGAACAUCACAGUGGACCUGGACCCCGAGCUCGCCCCCAUCUCAGACUACUGACCUGCCCCAACCAACCCCCAGCUCCCCCCCACCACACUCCAGCUCCCCUCCGGCCUGGCCUCCUGCUCAGCAGCGGAGGGGAGGAGGGGGCUCGGACCCGGGAGGGAUGAAGAGGCGCAUCAUGUAAUGCUGCCAAGAAAACUUAGUGAGCGAAAAAAAAAUGAAGAUCCAAAUCGACAAAAAAAGAGGAGAAAACGAAGAGGCAGUGGCAAGUCUCUCAAAGUGAACUGUUGAUUGUUUGUGCCAGUGUGUAAGUGUGUGUGCCUGUGUCCGUGUGUGUGUGUGAUGGGUGAGUCGCUGCAUGUCUUCUCUGUGUCCGUGCCGGCUUCUCUCCUGGAGUGGACAUGAGUUGGUACGUUGGAGGGAGCAGCAGCAUCUCAGCUCGGUGUUGAGUGCACAGCCUUACUGUGGCAGACCCACAGCUCCCUCUGCUCCGCACUGCUUCACUUCUCAUGAUCACCGUCACCUUACAAGCCAACAGACAAGUUACGUCUCACUUUCUACUAUCUUUUGUUUUUCUACAUAUCGUUUUGUUUCGGCCGCAGUUUUCCUUUUUUAAAGGAGGGAUCUGAUCGAGGUCGACAUUAAUGUUUGUGAUGUACAUUUUUUUUAUUUUGAUACGUGGUAUUUAUUUUCUCUAAUUCAGGAUGCUCGAAGAAGCACUCCUGUCUGUCUCACUCUAGUGUUCGCUGUUUGUUUUGCUGCACUGCUGCUGAAUCCGCAUGAACAUGUAUGUAAAUAUCGGCCUCUAGAAGCUCGAACACAGAACACAAAUAUGUAAAUAUGGGCUUUUAAAUGCUCGGGCAUAUAACAGUGAUAUUCCAGUGGGUUUGAAUUUUAUUUUGGCAGCUACCUUUGUUCUAAGGAUUUAAUAGGAGUGAGUGGUUUCUUCCAAACAGGAAGAUCUUCUAACAAUAUAGGAUGUUUGGCUUUAAAAAAAAAAAAAAGUAUCCAAAUCUUAAGAUUUGACCUUAUACCUUUUGCAUGCCUUCAUUUAUUUUGUUUACCAGAUUUUGUUCUUUUCAAACAUAAAUUAUUUCAUCAGUUAGAGAUGUGUAUAUUCUUAAUUUUGCCUUUGUUGAGCUUUUUUUCCUUUGAGGUGCACUGUGUGAAUAAAGACUGGAGGCCGGGUCCAUCAAACAGCACGAGUGUGUCCUGACACACAACGUGCUUUACGGUACUUCCUGGUUUCAUGUGAGUGUAUAUUUUUUGUCUCGGAUUUGUUCUUAUUUUUUAGACUUUUUUUUAUGAUUUGUACUUUAGUGAUUUAGUGCUGGACCAUGUGAUAAAGCUUGUCACUGUACUGUACCAUGCUGAAGCAUGGGUGGGCGGGAUGCUGGUGUCAGGCAGAGGGGCCAGAAUGAGAGAACCUCAGAGUCAGCGCCGCCGCUGAACCUCCUGCUGUUCUUGAAUGGCACACGCUGUGAAAAGUUUAACUUCUUAAAGCUUUGAGCACUAUGGAGACGCAGAGAAAAGGAGUCGGCAGAUUAUUUUUGCCCAGAUGUUCACUGUUAGAUUCUUCUCCACAUCUUAAAGUUUUGACUAUGAGUAGUUGUAUGUUUGGAUUUUGUCCUGAGGUGUGUAAACACAAUUCUGGCCAUUUCCUGUCCCAUGGGACUGUUUGAUGUUCUUUAUGAUGCCUCGCUUAUUGUGCCAUCGGGUGUUUGUAACACCCUCAGUCCUGCAUUUAACUGUGAGACUGAUUUAGAGCUUUAGUGAGCAAAGAUAGCUGCAGCGACCCCGCCACGUCUACAAAGCAAACCAUUAGUAUUAAAAACACAUUAUGAACAUUAGCUGUGUGCUUUAUGUAUCUGUUGGGACAUUUUUAAAUAUGGCUGCUGAUGAAGAUCAUGUGAAGCUCCAGAAGCAACUUAAUUGCUUUUGUCCCGAGAUAGAUUUGAUAAAGACAACAUACAUUUUUGAUUGGCAGAAAGUUAAUCACAACUUAUUUACCAAAAUCAAUUUGAUUAAGUCACUUUUUAAACAGUCCACUCUCUCAAAUAUAAUUGUUUAUUAUUAUUAUUAUUAUUAUUAUAUUAAAUUCAAUAUCUUAUGGUUCUGGACUGUGGACAAGCAUAUUUUAGAUGUUAUAGAAAUUAAAUUAAAUUGUUGUAGGUCAAACAUAAAAUAAAUGAAUGGAGCAAAUAAUCAGCAGAUUAGUUAAGGAUGAAAAGAAGGAACUAAGUUUACUGUUUGGCUGUUGUGCCAGGUAUGAAAUGGCCAGAGUAAUGUUUCUCGUUCCCUUUUUAUAGUUUUCAAACAUUUCGUUUCCACCCUCUACACAAACAACGCAAGGAAUUGUGAGAAAGGUAUUAUUUAAGCCAUGGUGACUUCACAUGCAUCCUACCCAUCUCCCAGAAGCCCUUGCAGCAGCGAUGGUCACAGCAGCUUUUACAUGUUACCAGACGCAGUUGAACCUCAGUAAACAAUUUGUGGCCAUAGUAUUGAUUGCAGGUGGACAGGACUACAGAAGAGCGCUCAGUCAGCGUCGGUCUAAAGUGGUGCUAAAGGAGUGCUUUUCCUUUCGUAUCUUAGUACCACACUCUUGCAUGAGGGAAGGUAUAGUCCCUCUUAAUGGUCACUAGCCAUUCUAAAUAUGGCAGGAAGAUCAUGGAGAACACAUUAUAUUCAUGGCUCUUGGUCUCUUUAACACCAGAAGCGACAGUAGAUAAGUACACAGGCUACCUGUGUUUUACAUCACAAAGAGUAAAUGUGAGCAUGUAGCUUUACAUCACGCUGCGUUCCAUUCUCCUCAUGGAUCUGCAAUCCAAAACUGGUCCAGAUGACAAUUUCUGACAUGGAAAUAAUUUGUGUGACAUCAGUUUACUGAAUAGUCUGUUUAUCCUGGCUCUGAAAAGUGUCCGCAGCCCUUUUUAUCACAUGACUGUCUAAAAGUAUGUAUACCGUGCAGAUGCUGUGUUCACCACGAGACAGCCGUAUUCCAUUUUGCAGUAUUUCUUUGUGCCUUUUUUUCUUUCCUUUUCACUUUACAUUCUGAGAUUACACAUGUUUUGUCCCUUUUUAUUUGAAUCAUAUCAAAUCAAGAGUGUGAAAUCUGUUGAGUCAUAGGAUGUGAUGUGUAAUAAUCCACUGUGACUGCCAGUGGGACGUGUUCAACUAAAGCUUUGGGCCACAUGCACCGAGCUGCAGCUGCAGGGUUCAUCUCACUUCCUGUUCUCCAGCAGAAUGAACAUGAGCGUGUCCUUUGUCAUCAAGGCACAACAUGCUGAGGCCAAUCCACCCACUGCACCUGAAACCUUUUCUAGCCUUCAAUCUGCAUGGCCUUGCCUACAAAUACGUAUGUGGACAAAAAUGAUGUAGAUCCCAUCUAGUUUCCAUGCGCAUGCUGACAGCAGGUACACAGCGGCUUCGCUUUACUGAAUAGCAUGAUGUUGUCACAUGUCAACGGUGCUGACUCCUCUGCUCAAUAAUCUGGUUUAAACCAAUGUUUGCCAUUACUUUCAGCAGUAUGACAUUGUAUCAAAAUGUGUUUUUCUUUGACUCACACAUCAGUAUUGGCUGGUAGAUGGAGAACAAUGUGAAUCUAGAAAGGCAUAAUCUUAAAGUCAUUAGGACACAGGGCUGCUGUUGCACUCCUUGUCCACCAGAUAGCGCUGCAAAAUAUCCUACUUGCACAUAUCCAGGUUGCAAUUAUUCAAGGUUCUCUAUAAAAUAUUUAUCAAAAAGUGUCCACAUUUCAGUUGCCUCCAUCUGCAAAUGGAGAUCGCUCAUAUCAUAUGAUCAUCUGAUGUUGGUGUUCUGUUUGAGGCUGCAAACCAGGAACAAGCAAAUGUGUUCUUGAAAUAUCAACAUAUGUUUAAAGGAAUUGGCCAAACAUUGGAUCUUUGGAAUUCAUCAAAUAUCCUUCUGCAGUAUUUCUUUCCCAACUGUAUAUCACCAAAUGUGCAAAAUCAAAAUGUAUUCCUGACAUUUGGAAUUCUUAAUAACAGGAGAUUCAUAUACACAUUUUAAAGGAAAUGUUGAAUUUCUCUAUAUCAUUUAGAAAGUGCUGACAGGUGUUUAACUGUAACAUGUCAAACUCUUUACAUAUUUGGUCACCUAAAUGUAAGGGAUCCAUAAUGUUGGUGUAAAAUGAAUAUUGGUCGAUGAGUUAUUGUAUAGAUAUCAGUAUUUCCUUCUAAUUCCAGUAUUAGCCUUGCUCUGAGUAACUAAGAAGACCAUAAGGUGAGGCUGAAAGCCCCGGAACAUUUCAAGUUGACCUUGUGCUGAGAAAUGUUUUGUCAAACUGCUGCUUUGUCUUUAUUGAACCCUCAAACUUAAUCAUAUGGUUGGAAAAACAACUGAAACUGUAGUAAUUGCCCCAACCCCCUCCCGAAUACUUUGGGAGCCUGUUAACAUGAUAAUGUAGCACCCCCCCCCAAACCGCUGAACUUCUUAACAUGUUGAAGUUCGCCCCAUUGUCAGAUUUCUGCAGUCUUUGGUAACAGACAGUAUACAAAUAGUUUGAGUCUAGUGUUGAAUUGUUACUUUGUAAAGUUUUUUUCUUUGUCAAAAAAAAAGACAUAUUAAACACUUCAUUGCCAUAUUCUGGAAAACA